UUGGUGUUUCUGGAGAAUUAUCGAGUGUCGUUGGCUGAGAAGAUUUUUCCCGCGGCAGACCUGUCGCAGCAGAUCUCCACUGCCGGUACUGAAGCGUCGGGUACUGGAAACAUGAAAUUUAUGGUAAACGGAGCGCUGACCUUGGGCACACUGGACGGAGCUAACAUUGAGAUGUCCGAGGAGUGCGGAAAGGAGAAUAUGUUCAUCUUUGGUAUGACUGUACAUGAGGUAGAGGAACUCAGUCGCAAAGGAUACGACUCGCAGAAGUACAUCAACGCUUGCCCAGAACUCAAGUUAAUUCUGUCGCAAAUCGAACAAGGAUAUUUCUCACCUGAAGAGCCAGACCUCUUCAAGGAUAUCUACAAAACCAUGAUGUUCGGUGAUCGCUUCAUGCUCUGUGCUGACUUUGCUGACUACAUGAGAGCUCAGGCUGAGGUUGAUAAGGCCUAUAGGAACGAAAAACGAUGGGCACAAAUGAUGCUCGCAAACAUCGCAGGAUCUUGGAAAUUCUCCUCCGAUCGGACCAUCCGCGAGUACGCUCGUGACAUUUGGGGCGUGGAGCCGCGAGAGGAAAAGAUGCCCGCUCCCUUUGAAAACCCUGAAGAUCCUACCGCUUCUUUCAACAAGUAA